AUGCAAGGGGAAGUUGACGCCACUACCUUUUCUCUCCGGCCGGACCACCACCACAAGUUCCGCCCGAAUGAACUGAAACCGAUUGCGAAGGCGGUACUCGAGAGUCGCCUGGAGGACCAGGAGUACAACGCCGAUGAGAUCCAGAGCAUUAGCAAGGAGAUAGCUGACACUGUGCGCGACAAGAUUCGCUCGAAAGAUCUGGAGCGCUACAAGAUCAUUGUGCACUGCAUGAUUGGCGAGCAGCGUGGUGAGGGUAUGCGGACGGGGUGCAAGAUGUUUUGGGACUCCGAUACGGACAAUUACUUUGAAGAGGUGUACGUGAGCAAACACCUGUUUGCGGCGGUGACGGUCUUCGGUGUUUACCAAUACUGA